AUGGCAUCGGGAAACGAAUUCCAGAGCUUCGAGGAGGCAUCGGAUCUGCCUCGGCGGCGGCGGAAGCGGCAGAAGCCGGUCUCCUUCCUGAGGUGGCUCUUCUUUGGCAAGGGAGGCGCCAACAAGGAAAACAGGUCUUGGUUUCGUGGCCGACGUAGUGUGAGACAUUGA